GGGGCCGGAGCCCGGGAAAGACAGACUAGGAAAGGGGGAAGGGCUGAGCUGGGAGACUUCACGUGGCUUCGGAGUUAGCGGGUCGUCUGCAGAACCGGAAUCGCCCCUUCACUCCAGAGCACCAUGCCUGGGGAUAGCAACCCCCAGGGCGCGGCGGCAGCGGGGCACGAGACCCCCUUUCGCUUCAGUCCGGAGCCCACGCUGGAGGACAUCCGACGCCUCCAGACAGAGUUUGCAACAGAACGAGACUGGGACCAGUUCCAUAAACCACGGAACCUCCUCCUGGCCCUUGUUGGGGAAGUGGGAGAGCUGGCAGAACUCUUUCAAUGGAGGCCUGAUGGUGGUCCCGGGCCCCUGUCCUGGUCGGAAGUGGAACGCAAGUCAUUAGGGGAAGAGCUCAGUGACAUCCUUAUCUACCUGGUAGCCCUGGCAUCGCGAUGUCAGAUUGACCUGCCACAGGCUGUGCUGGACAAGAUAGAGACCAAUCGGCGCCACUACCCAAUCCACCUUGCCCGCGGCUCCUCCUCCAAGUACACAGAGUUGCUCCAUGAAGAUGCUCAGAAACCUGAGCAGAGGCUUGAUCCUGCCCCAGGAGCCACAGAAUGUGAACCUGUCUCCAGGGGUGAGAAGGAAGCUAACUAAACAACGGGACCUGUGGGCCUGAACGAGAGCUGGGAUUCAUGGGACUGACUCCAGUAAUGGUGGCAACAUUCAGCCCAGAACAGAACCCCCCUGGGGAAACAGGGUCACAAAAGCCUUCUCAAAUCCUCCUUUAUUGUAUUACUAGAUGUAAGAUUCUCCAAUAGGAUACAAUCACAGAGGAGGUCCUUCUCAAGACUGUCAUUUAUUCCUUUAAUAAACGGUUUGAGAUGAAGUGA